AAAGCAGGAUUACUAAAUCCAGAUCAAUUUUAAACCUUUUGAAAAACCGGGCCCAGAGGAUAAUGGGAAUGUUUCGUCAAUGAGGAUCCCAGCGCAGUUUAUCUGGAAGCCUGAUAUCGUGCUGUACAACAAUGCAGAUGGUGAUUUCACAGUGACGCACCUGACUAAAGCUCACCUUUUACAUGACGGAAGAGUAACCUGGAUCCCUCCGGCCAUCUAUAAAAGCUCCUGCAGCAUCGAUGUCACCUUCCUCCCCUUCGACCAGCAGAACUGCACCAUAAAGUUCGGCUCCUGGACGUACGACCGCAGCAAAAUCGAUCUGAUCCGCAUUGCAGACAGUGUAGACCAGCUGGACUACUGGGAGAGCGGAGAAUGGCUCAUAACCAGCGCUGUCGCCACAUAUAAUGUGAAGAAAUACGAAUGCUGCUCUGAGGAAUAUGCAGACAUCACUUAUUCCUUCAUUAUCAGACGACUGCCGCUCUUCUACACCAUCAAUCUCAUCAUCCCAUGUCUACUUAUUUUAUGUCUAACUGUAUUGGUUUUCUACCUCCCGUCUGAUUGCGGAGAAGAAGUCACCAUGUGCAUAUCUGUGCUGCUUUCACUCACAGUCUUCCUCUUGCUGAUCACAGAAAUCAUCCCGCCGACCUCAUUGGUGAUUCCUCUGAUUGCAGAAUACCUGCUUUUCAUCAUGAUUUUCAUCAUACUUUUCAUAAUAAUCACUGUUUUUGUGCUGAAUGUCCAUCAUAGGUCUCCAGACACUCACUCAAUGCCCCAAUGGGUCCGUAGGUUCUUCCUGGACGUAAUGCCGAGGUUUAUUUUCAUCCAAAGACCUCAAAUUUGGCAGAAAGAUGCUAAAGGGGUGUGUGAUGAUGCUCAGAAGAGCAAUAAGAGAUGCGUUGAUUCUAAUUGGAAAAACAGAGAAAUAAAGGAAGAGUCCAUUCGCAUGAAGGUCUAUUCCUCAUGCUUAAAUGCAGACAUGCAUUCAAUUAAAUCACCAUCUCAAGCGUACAAUAACUCUACAUGUCCAAAAAUGAAGCUUCAUAAGGGUCGAUCACAGAGUGUUCAGGUAAAUUGUGGGGAGCGAGAUGUAAAUCUGUGUAACAGCAGCACACGUUUUCGCUCUCGCAGCAUGCAGUACUGUAGUCUGCAUGAACAUGAGCAGCAGACAUCUGCUGUGUUUAAUGCUGAUAAGUUCUCAAACAUCUGUAAAGUAAUGACCAGCACUGGGGAAAACCCUUCUCACGCUACGCGUCUGGCUAUUGAGGGAGUGCAGUACAUCGCUGAAUAUCUGCGUGCUCAACAUGCUGAUUUAUCUGUACGUAUUUUUUGAGAGAUUU